AUGGCUUUCGCACUCCGAGCUUUGAUCGCAGUGCUGUCAGCGCAGGCUUGCAGCCUUGUGUCUGCUGGGCCGUUGAACAACCUGCUGGCGGACCUCACUGGCCAGCACCAUGAUGGCAGCUCCACUUGCCUUGCAGAUGGUCACACGCAUGCGUGCAGCCACGCAUCCAGCUUCACGGGCUUCUUCCCUGAUGCGGCUGCUCCUGCUCACUCCGACCACUUCUUCCCAAGCAUCUCCACGGAGACGGUGUCAGGAUCUGCCGAUGCCCACCAAGGUGACGUGGCUCACUUGGACCAGUUCGACAGCUCUCUUCUGGCGAACCGCCGCCCCAAGAUGUUCGUGAGCUUUGACAAGAAGUGA